ACCCAUGGGAGUGCUACCAAGACACCUGGCAGACCACCUGCAGCGUGUUGGAACACCAUCGAGACCUCAUGAAGAGGGUGACCGGCUGCAUCCUCUCUAAUGUCAACACGCCUUCCAUGACGCCUGUGAUUGGACAGCCACAGCACGAGAACACCCAGCCCAUCUACCAGAACAGCAACGUGACCACCAAACCCACCGCAGCCAAGAUCUUGGGAAAGGUGGGAGAAAGCCUCACCAGGAUCUGCUGUGUCCGCCCUCCCGUGGAGCGCUUCACCUUUGUAGAUGAGAAUGCCAACCUGGGCACAGUGAUGCGGUAUGAAGAGAUUGAGCUGCGGAUCUUGCUGCUGUGUGGUAGUGACCUGCUGGAGUCCUUCUGCAUCCCAGGACUCUGGAAUGAGGCAGAUAUGGAGGUGAUUGUUGGGGACUUUGGGAUCGUAGUGGUGCCCCGGGAUGCAGCUGACACAGACCGAAUCAUGAAUCACUCCUCAAUACUCCGCAAAUACAAAAACAACAUCAUGGUGGUGAAGGAUGACAUCAACCAUCCUAUGUCUGUAGUCAGCUCCACCAAGAGCAGGCUGGCCCUGCAGCAUGGGGACGGCCAUGUCGUGGAUUACCUGUCCCAGCCAGUCAUCGACUACAUCCUCAAGAGCCAGCUGUACAUCAACGCCUCGGGCUAGCGACACCCGGCUCUCUCCUCGCCCCUUGUCCUCUGCCGACACACUGGCCCCUCCAGCCACUGUCAGACCCCAUUUUCUCUCUGCCUCUGUUUCUCUGUCUUCAUCUUGACUGUUCUCCCCACUGGUUGACUUAACCCCCACAGUGUGGGGGGCCUGCGAAGAACCGUGAUUUCCCAUUCCACAGUCGUCUUUGGAUAAACUUUUCCUCUAGU